CUGGCUUUCCCAGAGGUGGUGGCGGUGGUGGUGGUCGCGGGUGGUCAGAAGCCCUUUUCCUCCCCGCGGCCCUUCGGCAAAGAUGCGCCCUCCGCAGCUUCUGCCGCGGCUGCUGCUCGUCGUCUCCGCCGCUUGCCUCGGCCUGGCCGGCGGUCUCUUCCUCUUCGGCGAGCCGGACUUCUCCUACAAGCGCUCCAACUGCAAGCCCAUCCCGGCCUCCCUCUUGCUUUGCCGGGGCAUCGAGUACCCGGACAUGAGGCUGCCCAACCUGUUGGGCCACGAGACCCUGCAGGAGGUGCUGGAGCAGGCGGGCGCCUGGAUCCCGCUGGUGCAGAAGCGCUGCCACCCGGACACGCGCAAGUUCCUCUGCUCCCUCUUCGCGCCCGUCUGCCUCGCCGACCUGGACGAGACCAUCGAGCCCUGCCACUCGCUCUGCGAGCAGGUGAAGAACAGCUGCGCCCCGGUGAUGUCCGCCUUCGGCUUCCCUUGGCCGGACAUGCUGGACUGCAGCCGAUUCCCCCAGGACAACGACCUCUGCAUCCCGCUGGCCGGCAGCGACCACGUCCCCCCGACUCCCAGGGAAG